CGACUCCUCCCACCGAUCCAACAUGGCGCCGUAGGGACGUUGUUAUUGUUCCGUCGCUCUCUCUGGUUCUUCGCAUCGCCACGAAAAACUACGCAGGCGAAACCACCCGAGCGAGUCCACGCGGGCAUGAGCGCAGCACCCGGACACCAUGUUACGCUCCACCGGCUUCUUCCGAGGGAUCGACUGCCCGUUUUACGCCGAGUCCGGCGACGCUGGCGGCGGCAGGAAUGGGUGUAACAGAGCCUACUGUCACUUCAGGCACAGCCAGCAGCGGCGGCCGUCCUACGGAGCUCCGCCGGCGGAUGUGAAGAAGCACAGGGAGCCGCUCUCCGCCCAGAAAGAACAAGGUUAUGAUCCCUUCAACCCAGAAGUGGUGCGGCCCCAGGAGCAGCAGAAUGGGAAGCCGGCUGAGUCGGGGGACUUCAGCGGGGCCCUGGAGCAGGUCAACAGGGCCAUUGAGGAGGCCCGCAGUGAGGUGGAGUGGGAGAAGAGGAAGCUCUCUCGAAUUGGGGACGAACCAUACAAUCCCAGUGGGAGUACCAGUUUGUCUUCAUCUCGUGCCACAAAAAGUAAAGCUGCAGCUUCACACAUGGCCUACGAUCCUGGGAGCUAUCAGAUCACAUCAGUUGGUUAUAAUCCCUCCCCCAGCUGCAGCAAGUACACCUUGGAUUCCGACAACCAGGGGAGCAACAGUAACUCUAUGGAAUAUGUUCCUACGUUGAAAAAGCCUCCAACUCGGACAAAAACGUACAAACUCCCCUCUCCCCCUUCCAGCCCAAAGUAUUCAAUCAGCGCAGUCGCCUCAAAGUGUAAAUACACUCUGGACAAUUCAAAACCUUCUACAGACAUGGAGUAUGACCCACUCUCCAACUACACGGCAGGAAUCGCAGCAAAGAGCAAGAGGGCAGAGGCUGCCCGGGCUGUUAAGACUCAUGGGAGCAAGACACACAAGUUACCUGUGCGUGAUUUAUCAGAUGAGGAGUACGUUGUAGCUGUGAAAAAAACACAGCAGCCGAGUGUAGACAUGUCCAAAUACACUUUUUCUGACUCUGAGGAGGAGAGCUCUGGAACGGAGUAUCGACCCACCUCUCUUAGAAAUCUCCAGCAGAGAAAAGGCAACACUGGAACGGCUGGUGUCGCUUUUGCGAAGGAGAAAAAAGAGAGAACUGAAAGUGUAAUAAAUGCACUGACACAAAGGAAUAAAGAGGACUCGGCACAGGACUCGGAUGUCCAGGUAGACAUUAAACGAAAGGGCAAUCCAGAGAAAAAUAAGCUGGUUAGUCGAAUUAGUCAUGAGAAAAGUGGCAAAUCUGAGAAAAUCCAUAAAUUUGAAAAAGAGGCAAAGAAAACGUUAAGUAGUAAAAGCGGUAGCAGCAGUCGCAACGACAAAGGUUCAAUAAAACACUCAAACCAGGAGUCUGCAAAAAAAGAGAACAAGAGUCUUGGGAAGAAAGAUGAUAGUAAAAACACGAUAACGGAUAAGACCAGUGAUAAAAUUCAGAGGGAGGGAAGAGACAAAAAGAGAAUUGAUGGUAAAAUCAAGGCUGUGGAAAAAGUUAAAACAGACUCAAGCAAACGACACAUAGACACAGAAAAUGAUUCAAGGGAAAGAAAGAAACCCAAAACAUUAGACAAGGAAAAGGAACACAGCAGGAAUAAGGACCGGCAACAUAAAAAUGGUAAACUUGACACGAGUAAAAGAGAAAAGGAUGUGAAGAAAAUGAACAAAAGCAGUUCUCAGGGUGGCAGCAGCAGCAGCAGUCACAGUAGAGGAAGUUCUGCAAGCAGCAAUAAGACGAAGCAAAACGUCAGCUCAUCAAAUGGGAAAAGACCUGAGAACAAGCGGAAGAGUCUGAGCCACGCAGAUCUGUUUGGAGACGAGAGUCCAGAAGAGGCUGAUCCGAUGGAGGUGGAUGACGAUGACGAUGACGACGAUGAUGGAGAGGAAGUUUUGGUGAGAAAGUCAGCUGAUGCUUUAAAGAGGGCGUGUCUAAACAAGAGGAAAGUGUCCGAGCUGACUCCGUCUUCCUCUGACGAUGAGGGUGACGUGGAGGGAGGCAGCGCAGAUAGGGACGAAGUGGAUCAACUCGAAAUCGACAUCUCCGGUUUCCAGGACGAUUUUGACCUUGACUCAGAUCCCAUGGAGGAGUGUUUGCGGAUCUUCAACGAAUCCAAGGAUGUAAAGAAGGAAGACAAGGGCAGGCAAACCAAACAGCCCUCUAGGGAUUCAGAGGAGGAGAAAAGCCCAGAGACCACUCUCAUCCCCGGUCAAAAGAAGAGAGUCUCACAUUGUUCUGCCAAAAGUGAAUCAACUAAGGUACGACCGUACAAGAGAGCCUCGGCCCAGGAGGUCUGCUACCAGCGUAUGCAGCUGGCGCAGCAUCAAGCUGCUCAGCUCUCUGCUUCAGUCAAAGCUGCUGCACAGAGCUCCAGCUCCAGCUUCCCUGGAGAGAGGAAGAGGAUAGCACACCGUCCCAGCCCACAGAUAUCAUCCUCCAAAACAAGUUCUGCAGAUGCUAAACCAGCUGUCAGUCGAGUGUUAUCCCCCAACCAGACGCAUCAGACUGUCAAGGCUCAAACCACAGCCGGUAUUUUGUCCAAGACUAUGUCCACUGUGACGGGGAAGAGGAUGGCGCACACUCCCACCAUGAAGAGUUCUUCGAUGAAGCGGCCCAUCAUCCCCACUGACUUUGGGGCCAAAGUUCCUACCAACGUCCGCCAGCGCUACCUCAACAUUUUCAUAGAUGAAUGUGUCAAAUUCUGCCCAUCAGAGGACGCUGCCUUCCAGAUGGGCCUCGACGAAGAGAAGCUGGUGUAUGAGCGCAGUAGCAGUAAGAACAUCUAUCUCAAUGUAGCUGUCAACACCUUGAAGAAGCUUCGCAGCAAGUGCAGCUCCCGUCCAUCACCUGUCACCAAGGACCCGGGGGUGUUUGCUAACAGGAAGGCCCAGUCCCAUGAGGAAGUUCUCGGGGGUCGGUUGGCUGCUACAACCAGCUUCACUGUCAACAGGAUGGGUAAACAGCAGGAGGAGAAACUCACAGGACUCACUCUGUACAGGAAACUGAAGACGUACAUGAUGACAGAGGAGCAGCUGCAGGAGCACGGCUACCCAAGAUUUAACCCAGAGGCUCCGGGCAAGGCCUUCGUAUACAACGUCCCAGAGAAAAAGGCCAUCACAGAUCCCUUGAACAAGAUAUGCUGUCGAUGUGGAGCAGAGUAUAGGAUCAAUGUCAAUGGCAACUGUGUACGGAAAGAGGAAUGCAGUUUUCACUGGGGACGUCUACGGAGACACAAAGGCUCUGGAGGCUGGGAGACCAACUACAACUGCUGUGCUGGUGCGGUGGGCGCUCCAGGUUGCCAAGUGUGCAAGCAACAUGUUCAGGACGGGCGGAAAGAGUCGUUAGAUGGCUACAUGUCAACGUUCAGUAAAUCUCUACCACCAGAUGGCAACGGAGGGGUGUUUGCUUUGGACUGUGAGAUGUGCUACACAAAACAAGGCCUGGAACUGACGAGGGUGACGGUCAUUGACUCUGAGAUGAAAGUUAUCUACGACACCUUCGUCAAACCUAUAACCAAAGUGGUGGAUUACAACACACGAUUUUCCGGGGUGACGCAGGAGGACUUGGAGAGCGCCACCAUCACCCUGAGAGAUGUUCAGGCCGUGCUGCUCAGCAUGUUCAGCGCUGAAUCCAUUCUCAUCGGACACAGUCUGGAGAGCGACCUCUUCGCUCUGAAGCUAAUCCACAGUUCAGUCGUAGACACAGCCAUCGUGUUCCCUCACCGCCUCGGCUUACCCUACAAACGUGCCUUGAGAAACCUGAUGGCUGAACACCUCAAACGCAUCAUCCAGGACAACGUGGAGGGCCACGACUCGAGCGAAGAUGCGUCCGCCUGCCUGGAGCUGAUGAUCUGGAGGAUCAAGGAGGAUGCAAAGGUCAAAAGAUGACCUCUGACCCCUCUGCUCCACUUUCCGCAGCACGACUUCCUGCGUUCAUGUUUGUUAGCGGGAAGUCAGAAGUUCAGGAGGCCUGCACCUGCUCUCAGAGAGUCUCAGUGGUGGAGAGAUCAGAACAGAGGGAAGUUUUCAUCAGUAAAGUCUGAUACCUACUGUUACUGAAAAGCAAUAGGAGGCGGAAUUGACAGUGUUUUCAUUUGUUUGUAUUUCAGUUCUUAACGAUGUUAGUUUCAAAGUAUUUCUGUUAUUUGAGUGGUGUCUUUUAACACCUCGGACAGUCGAUGAAUAAAAACCUUUCUAUAGAAGAACUACUCAAAACGCCAGGGCAUUGUCCGCUGACCGCUGACCGAUAAAUAUGAUAUUCAUGCCAGGCUCCACCCUCAGCCUAAAUUGCACUAUAGAAAUGCUCUUGUUGUAUAGGGCCAAAGUCUGAGUACCUCAUCUGUGUUAUACUGCAUUCAAUUCUAAUGGAUAACACAUGUUCUUAGUUACACAUAAGUGCAUUGAUGUCUUAGUCUGUCAAGCAUUGCUGUGUAAACGCACUUUUCACGAUGCGCCUCGUCUGGCGUCGCUGAUGCUCUGUUCAUGCAGCGGUUCUUAUCGCCUUCAUUAUGUCAGUUGGCUCUCAAACCUGAAUAAUCCUAUAAUACUUGAUCAUUUAAAAUAAACAAAACCCUCAGCAGACGUUGUAAAGUCUCUGCUGCUACCUGUUUGGUAAAGUUGAUGGACGAUGUCACUGUAUUUUAUAGUUCAGACAAAAUACUAUAACCGCCACCGUCUCCGUGUCGAACGUUGCAUGAGAUACAAAAUAUUCCUUCAUAAUGACAAAAGUAGGCUCAGUAUUGUAGAGUUAAACCUGGGUUGUGAAUUACUGACAGUUAUCAUUUAGUGUGAAUCGGCUGUUUUAUGUUGAAAAUGACAGAAGAUUUAACCAAGUGCUGUAAAUAUGCAGUUUCCUUUUGUAUUUUUGGUUGUUCAUCUUUUUCUAUUAAAAGGUAUUAGUAAAAAAAA